AUGCAAUUGUACGUCAUUGGAUUAAUUCUGUUACCAUUAUUAAUUGAUGGUCUUGCAAUUUUUCAUCGUGGUCGGCCUCGCGGUGGUAUGGCUGGAUCGCCAAGACGAACUUUGAGAUCGUUCUACAAUCGAGUAAAAGCACCCAUUGAUGAAUUGUGGUAUACGCAACAACUUGAUCAUUUUAAUCCAACAGAUAUACGAACAUGGGAACAACGAUAUUACGUUAAUGAUCUUUAUUGGAAAAAGAAUGGUCCUGUUUUUAUUCAAAUCGGUGGUGAAGGUCCAGCUGAUCCGAUAUGGAUGGUAGAAGGACAAUGGAUAAAAUAUGCCCAAAGACAUGGCGCUAUUUGCGUUAUGAUCGAACAUCGUUUCUAUGGCAAGAGUCAUCCAACAGCAGAUCUUAGUAUAGAAAAUCUAAGAUAUUUAAGUAGCGAACAAGCACUUGCAGAUUUGGCAACGUUUCGAGAAUAUUUCAAUAGCAAAUAUCAAGUAUCAGAACAAUCAAAAUGGAUCUCAUUCGGUGGAUCAUAUUCAGGUGCACUAUCAGCAUGGUUUCGUCUGAAAUAUCCUCAUCUCGUUUAUGGUGCCCUAUCAGCUAGUAGCCCAAUGACUGCAUUGACUGAUUUUAGUGAAUAUUUAAUUGUCGUACGUAAUUCUCUUGCAACUUAUGAUGAAAAAUGUAAUGAUGCCAUUAGUGACGCAACAAAAGUAAUGCAAAAUAUGAUUCAAUCAUCUUCGGGUCGUGCAGAAUUAAAAACAGCUUUUCGUCUAUGUGAUUCAAUUGAAACACAAAACGAUGUUGAUAAUUUCUUUCAAACAGUAGCUGGCAAUUUUGAAGGUGUUGUUCAAUACAAUAAAGAUAAUCGAGCAUUCGAAGGUGCUCGUGCAACGAACAUAACUAUCGAUGUUUUAUGUAAAACAAUGCUUGAUACAACUCAACCAAAUAUUCUUCAACGUAUGGUUAAUGUUAAUGAUAUGAUAUUAAAUGCAUACGAUCAACCAUGUCUUGAUGCUGGUUAUAUGAGCAUGAUCAAUCAAUUAACAAAUAUAUCAUGGAAUGCAUCAGCAGCGGAAGGCGGUCGUCAAUGGACAUAUCAAACAUGUGUUGAAUUCGGCUUUUUUCAAUCAUCCAAUGCUCCUCAACAACCAUUUGGAAAUAAUUUUCCAGCUUCAUUUUUUAUUCAACAAUGUGCGGAUAUAUUUGGACCUAACUUUGAUGAUAAUCUUCUUGAACGAGGUAUCAAUUUCACGAAUGCAUUUUAUGGUGCUGAAGGAUUUUCGGGUUCGAGAGUUUUAUUUGUUAAUGGUGCUAUUGAUCCAUGGCAUGCAUUGAGUUUUACGAAAGAUCCACCAAAUAAUAAUACUGCUAUAUUUUUGUCAAGUACAGCUCAUUGUGCUGAUAUGUAUCCAGAUGCAGAAACAGAUCCACAAGAAUUAAAACAAGCUCGUCAAACAAUUAGUGAUACAAUUGGACAAUGGCUUCAAUAA